CUGGACAGUCGUCGUUGAUAAAGGGGUGGAUCCAGAGCGUGACGCGGAAGCCCUCGCUCUGUGCCGUUCAGGGAGACACGAAGAACAUAGACCAGUGAUCGGUGUUGGGUGGUGUCAGGGUCUCGUGUGAGUUCAAGUGGAUGACGGAAAGUGGAGGUUGGCUAUACAGUAACAGACAACCACCGAAAGAGAUUCAAAAGAAGCCCGGACGAAGACACAGCCAAAACAAAAGCCGAUAACACCCUCUUGAAACCCGAUAACACCAGCUUGGAACCUAUUACUAGCUGCCGAGAUGAGGGUGUUGAUAGUGGUGGCGGCUGUGGUGAUGGUGGUGUGCCAAGAUCAAAUCCCCGUCACUAAAAACCCCGACAGGAUGAUGCUGAGUUUGGGCAAGGCAAUUCCUGAAAGUUACAAGUACUCCAGUGAGACAAGGCCCAACAGAUGCACUUGUAAGGUCAUCUGCGCAACGGAUCCGAGGUGCAUCGCUUUCUCCGCUAUUCGCGAUGACACCGGCAAAGCUACCUGCACCUUCAGCAAAAUUGCCCCUGACGGCAUGGAGCUCGAGGACAAGACCGGCUCGAUUUACGGCUUCAAACUAGGCAGCCUCAACAGCUCCGUCCAGGUUUUGGAGGACACGGAUGGGGCAGUGUACUUCUUGCCUCCAGAAACUCGUACCUUCGAGGAGUGCAAAAAAUUCUGCGCCCAGGUUCCGGGCUUCCACCUCCUUAUGAUGAAGUCGGAGUGGCAGUUCUCACGUCUCCCCUACUUCGUUCAAAUUGCUAAACAGGGAUACGUUAACCUCAGGAGGACAAGUGAUAAUAGGUUGGAAUGGGGGGACGGCAGAAUCGUGACCGUCGACGAAAAACAAAAGUACGUCAGCGACACGAACGAAACCUCCAAAACUUACUUCCAGUUGCUUUCUGACAAAAUCUCGUACAUAGACGACGAUACAUCAAUGCCUAAUCGAAAAGGGAUUUGUCAAGGAUCUAUUCACAAUGGCUAUUGAACACUUAUGCUGACAUCACCCCCUAUGACACACACACACACACACACACACACACACACUACGAACAAGGAAGGAAGAAACUAAGGAAGAAACUAAGGAAAAAAGGAGAGAUUGUUACCCUGAUAUUUCUCAGUGAACAAUUAUAUACUAGAAACAAGAGCAUAAAUAGUAAUAAAAAUAGUGAUCCUUACCUACACAUAUAUAGAUAAGGGUUUAAUUAAUUGGCUAUCUAGUAUUAACAUUGAUUCACUGUAUAUUCCUUAUGCUAGACUUGCUUGCUAAUUUUGCUGGUUUAUAUAUAGAGAU